AUGAGUGUUGCCCAUUGGAAGAACCUGGCGCGUAUGUCUUUCGAGAACCAGGAAGCGUUCAAGCCUCAAAACCCCAAUCUGGGUCAAGGAGAAGUUCUAGAAACCGCCGAUAAUGACAUUGACAUAUCGUCAUCGAUGGCAGAUCUUGUGCGCCUGGAGAGCCGGGAAAUAUUUGUAGUGGAGAAGAACGGGCUGAAUACCCCUGUGACCUGUUGGCCAGGCAAUGUUAGAGCAUGUACACUUCUCUCGGCUGACUUGAUUUCCUCCACCCCCAAAUGGCAUAGUGAGGAGUUGGCUGAGGUGGUUGGCAAGUUAGCCAAAAUCCAAGAAAAGCAGAGCUUAAUGAAGGGAGGAGGAUGGUGCUUAGCCAUUGCACCCGUAUUCCGAAGGUUUUGCACCCAAGGAACCGUUGCACUGCCCGCACGGCUUGUUUGCCGGAACUGGCCUGGCUAG